AAACCAUUUCUUCUACUUAUUCUCUCCCUAUGUCGAAUAAACUUCCCACAAUACCAAGAAUCCAUUUUGAACCACGCUGGCACCCUUAUAUAGCCAUAAACACGUACCUUGGGUCAAAAGCCACCGACAAGGCCAAGAACCUGAGAGCAAGCCAGAUGAGGGAUAGUAAAGUUCUGGAUCUGAAACGUGACGAGACUACAGUCAGCGACGAGUAUGAGGGUUCCAAAGUCUGGUGGAAGAUCAUGACUGAUGCUAAUGGAAAAAAAUCUUACCGGCUCACUUUCCAUAACCGUGCACGGAGUGUAGUAACCGGUUCAUACAUACAAUAUGUGGUUGACGAAGGAAAAUCGAUCGAGGAAAAAAAACCAGAAGAUAAAGAUUGGAAAUGCCAAGGAGAAACAAUGCAUCAUUGAUGAUCUUGUUGCCUUCAGUAAUGCCAAGGAGUAUUACAAGAAGAUUGGAAAAACUUGGAAGAGAGGUUGCUUUCUUUAUGGACCCUUGGGACCUGUAAGUCCACCAUGAUUGCAGCCAUGGCUAAUCUUUUGAGCUACAGUAUCUUUGAACUCAAACUCGAGGCUAUACAGAACAACACAAAUUUGAUGAAGCUGCUCACUAGUACAUGCAAGAAGUCUAUUAUUGUGAUAGAAGACUUGGGGAUGGGUCUAGCUACUUGAUGGAAAGGAAUGAAGGACAUGGCUUACA